AUGUUCGGCUGGACUGACACCGAAAGUGUUUCUAAACCAGGAUCAAUAUCGAUACUUGGUGUGAACACGAGGAAUUAUAACUAUGAGUUAAUUGAUAAAGAAAUCGAAACUAAUGGUUUCUCGUUGUUGAAUGAUACUUCAAGUGUCUCUUUAGGAGUGAAGGAUCUGUGGCAGAAGCCAUGCUCUUACGUAUCAUUAGCAGGAAAAGGGAAGUUCGAAUUGGAGUAUGAAAAUGCCUGCAGUGGCGUGAACUGCAAUUUCCUUGGGAGAGGAAAUAACAGUUUCAUGCCAAGCGUGAUGUAUGUGGAUGUAAUCGAGUGUUUGAAUGAUGGUCGAGUGAGGACGUUGUUGAAGUUUGGAGAUUUCGGUGUUAGCAGAUAUUAUAUGCUACUGGAACCAAAUGCGACCUUGGUUAGUGAAGGGAAAUGGGACCCGAAACAAAAGAGGCUUAACAUGGUUGGCUGCCGAAUUUUUAGUGAUUGGGAUGAGGGUUUUGUAGGGGAGUGUUUGAUCAGACUAAGUUUGAGAUUUCCAGCUCGGUGGACAUUGAGAGAAAGGAGCCAUGUAGUUGGGGAACUUUGGAGCAGUAGAAGUGUUAACGAGACGGGCUAUUUUGGACGGGUGACGCUGAUGAGCUUAGGUAAUUUGAAUAUAAGACCGCCUGGUUUGAGAUACGAGUACACGGAGAUUGAGAAUACCAAGAGAUCCUGUGCAAACAAGACAAUUCAGAAAACAGGGAGAAAAAUUUACCCUAAAGCAACAUCUUCUAAUAUGCAAUUUAACGUGAUUGUCAGGAGUAAGAAAGUGCCUGAUCUUUUUGGUUACUCAUCCCCUGUUUACGUGGGCAGUCAUCUUUAUAGUUUUCGCGGCGUGGACGGAAUGGAACAACAAAACCCUGGUCAUAGGGUUAAUAUAAGCUAUACUCUAACCUUCAGGGCCGAGCAUUAUUUCAAGAUCAGCAAUGAGCACAAACAAAUCAGAUCGAUUGAAAUCUUGGCAGAAGGAAGUUAUGACCCUGAAAAUGGGCACCUUUGCAUGAUCAGGAAUGGAAACAGUGGACAAGGUGUGAAAGGAAAUAUUAAAAGCACACGAGAUAAAGCUGACCAUCUUUACUUCGAACCUCUUGAAGUUUUCUCGUUUUUGGUACCCAAAGAUUCCAUAUGGAGAAUGGAUAUGGAGAUCACCAUGAUCGUAGUUUCCAACACACUUUUGUGCAUUUUUGUGGGUCUGCAGAUAGUGCAUGUUAAAAGGCAUGCAAAUGUGCUACCCUUUGUUUCAGUAGUCAUGCUUGUUGUUCUCACUCUAGGACAUCUUGCCCCUCUGUUGUUGAGCUUUGAAGCUGUCUUCACGAAGGACCGCAAGAGUUACGAUUUUUACUCAAGUGAGGACGUGUGGGUUGAAGUUAACGAGGUACUAGUGAGGAUAAUUACCAUGGUAGCCUUCUUACUGGAAUUUCGACUUCUCCAAAUGACUUGGUCCGCAAGGUCAGCCGACGAAAGCCAGAAAAAUCCAUGGACACAUGAAAAGAAAGUUUUAUAUCUUUUGGCACCUUUAUAUAUUGGUGGCGGCUUGAUUGCGUGGCUUGUCCACCAGUCAAGAAAGCCGAGCAGAAGGCCACUGUUUGUAGGUCUGCAUUAUAUGGUGAAGCAGCCACAAUCCUUAUGGGGCGACUUGAAAUCGUAUGGUGAGUUGAUAUUGGAUGGCUUUUUGCUGCCUCAGGUUGUGUUCAACAUAUUUUUUGACACAAAGGAGAAGGCUCUUGUCCCUUCCUUUUAUGUCGGGACCAGUCUUGUUCGUUUGCUUCCACAUGUGUACGACCUUUACAGGUCUCAUACUCUUGCUUGGUCGUUUGAUUACAUUUACGCAAACCCUGGACUGGACUACUAUUCGACUGCAUGGGAUAUUAUCAUAUCUGUUGGGGCUUCUCUAUUGGUUGUUCUGAUUUACUUGCAGCAAAGGUAUGGAGGGAAAUGCAUUUUAGCAAGGAGAUUCUGGCGGAGUUCGGCUUAUGUGAAAGUGCCUGUUGCCGGUCCUGAAUGA